UCUAAGUUUCAACACUAAGUUGAAAUCCAAAAAUAAAACCCUCAACGUGUGAAAAAUGUGGAAUAUUAUUCUCUGUGUUGUAGGACUAGUAGUAGUAGGAAUAACACAUUGGGUGUAUAGAUGGAGAAAUCCCAAAUGCAAAGGAAUAUUGCCUCCUGGUUCUAUGGGUAUUCCCCUUAUUGGAGAGACUCUUCAAUAUUUCUCCAAAGGUCCAUAUGAAGGAAUUCCACCCUUCAUUGCUAAAAGAACAGCAAAGUAUGGAACUCUAUUUAAAACAAGUUUAGUUGGGCAGCCAAUAGUGAUAUCAACAGAUCCGGAGAUAAAUUACUAUGUGUUCCAACAAGAAGAUAAGUUGUUCCAAUGUUCUUACACAAAGAGUGCUGUUGAGCUCUCUGGAAAACAAGGUUUGAUGGGUAAUGGUGGAUCAGCCCAUAAAUAUCUUAGGAAUUUAGUUCUAUCACUUACAGGACCAGAUAAACUUAAGACUAAGUUGUUGUCUGAAGUUGAUUUCAUAACUCGUGAACACUUGCAUAGAUGGACUACCCAAGGUGAAGUUGAAGUCAAAGAUGCUUCGGAAAUUAUGUUGUUCAUAUUUAUUGCGGGAAAGAUCCUUGGUAUGAAUGAACAAGAGGCAUUAACUCUAAGAGGACAUUACAAAGCUUUUGUUAAAGGCUUUCUCUCAUUUCCUAUCAAUUUGCCUGGAACAGCUUUUCAUUCAGGUUUACAGGGGCGUAAAAGUGCUAUAAAGAUGAUCAAAGACAUAUUCGAGAAAAGGAGGUCAUUCAAGGAGAAAGAAAAUGAGCAAGACUUCAUAGAUCACUUACUUCAAGAAAUAGACAAUGAAGAAACAUUUAUAACUGAAGAUACAGCAGUGGAUUUAAUCUUCUUUGUUAUAUUUGCGGCCCAUGAAACCACUUCUUCAACCAUGACACUACUCUUUAAAUACCUCACUGAACAUCCUGAUGUUCUAAGACAACUAAAGGAAGAACAUGAGAACAUUAUCAGAAAUCGAGAAGAUAAGGACGCUCCAAUUUCAUGGGUUGAAUACAAGUCCAUGACCUUCACACAUAAGGUUACAAAUGAAACAGUAAGGCUUGCCAAUAUCGCCCCAGGAAUUUUCAGAAAAGUACUAAAAGAUGUGGAAAUUAAAGGAUAUACUAUUCCCGAAGGAUGGACAAUGGUCGUAUGUGCACCAUCAGUUCAUUUAGAUGAAAACAAGUAUGAGAACCCCCUUGAGUUUAAUCCAUCACGAUGGAAGGAUGAAGAACUACAUGGUGCAUCCAAAAGGUUCAUGGCGUUUGGUGGAGGAAAUAGAAUGUGUGUUGGAGCUGAUCUCUCAAAGAUGCAAACAUCCAUAUUUCUCCACUACUUAAUGACAAGUUUUAGGUGGAAUGUUUCUAAUAAGGGAAACAUCAUACGACAACCUUAUUUGAACUUCAACGAUGGGAUACGGAUUCGAGUUCAUGAGAUUCAAAGAGAAAAUAGUCAAAAGAUUACUACUUGAGUCUGAGGCACAGAGUUCGAGGUUGAGUCUACAAAUUGAGUAUACCCCCA